AUGGAACGAAGCCCAUAUCAUCGCCCACAUCUUCUCAAGUGCCAAUCACAGCAGCUGGAGAACAUCAACGAGGAAGGCCCCAUAUGCUGGCACUCGUCAUCGCUGCGGGCCCCUGAGACUCCUACAGAGACCAUGGAGUUCCUUGCAAGGUCAUGGAGCCUGUCUGCCAUAGAGAUCUCGAAAGCCCUCGCGAUGCUCGAAAGUAAGGAGGAUCCUCCAGACUCCUCAUGCAUGGAGAAACCAGCUUUGCCCUCAAAUGAGAACGUUCCAAAUACACCCAACGCGCAACUAACCACAGCCGCCACCGAAGAUGAAACUGCGGUGAAAAAAACAACAAUUACACCACCAGCGGUGCCGACUCAUGAAGCCAUUGGCAUCAGUCCUCCCAUUUCCCCAAGAGAUCAUAUGGAUAUUAAGCUUCUUAGAGGAUUGCCACGAGGGAAAACGAUGGGCAGCUGGCUGAAGGAUCAUAAGGAGAAGAGAAGGGCGGAAGCUCGAACCCGUAAUGCCGAAGUGUAUGCUGCGACUUCUGUGGCAGGGGUUGCAGCUGCAGUUGCUGCAGUUGUAGCCAGCACCGUCUUUUCACCCGAUGGGUCGAAAACCAACUCUGGUUCGAAGAUUACUGCAGCCAUUGCUUCGGCUGCAGCACUGGUGGCAUCACACUGCGUGGAGAUGGCUCAGGCAUUUGGGGCCAGUCAUGAGCAGAUCUUAGCCGUCAUCCACUCUGCCGUCAAUGCACAAACUAGCGGAGAUGUCAUGGCAUUGACUGCUGGAGCUGCCACAGCCUUAAGGGGAGCAGCAACACUGAGGGCAAGGCUAUAUAAGGAAAUACAGAGUGCAGCAUUAGCAGGAGAGAGAAACGAAACAGAGGGAUGCUCAUCAGCUUUGAGUUUCAUUUCCAGAGGGGGAGAUCUUCUUAAACGUACAAGAAAAGGUGUUCUUCAUUGGAAACAAGUGUCAGUAUACAUAAAUUCUAGUUGGCAGGUGAUUGUUAAGAUGAAAAGCACACACAUGGCUGGAACCUUCGUGAAGAAGAAAAAGAGUGUCGUUCUUGAUGUCUGCUCCAAUAUCCCAGCAUGGCCCGGCAGAGAAUUAGAAGACAGCAGCCAUCAAAGAGCUUACUUCGGAAUCAAAACACCCGAAAGGAUAAUUGAAUUUGAAUGCAAAAACAAACAUGACCAACAGAUCUGGAUUGAAGGCAUACGCCAAAUGUUAAAUUGUCAUGCCAACAUGAAUGUCACCGUGGCAAUUUAAU